AUGGCACAGUCAACAUCGAUUCAACUUGUCUGGCUCGAUGCUAACAUUCAUAGAGAUAUAAAUAGAGAAUUUUGGACGAAAAUCCGUGAAAUUUAUCCUGAAGCAAUGAAAUUUGAUGACCAAGAUGAAUGUUUACGAUUUUUAGGAUCCGGUUGCCUGAUAUACAACGGUGCGAAAAUAUCUUGUCCAUUUAUGUUUAUUGUGCAAACAUAUCCAAGCAUGAGGGGUGGUCAAGGCAAUAUGAAAAAGUCACCGUCCUUACUUCAGCUGAAGAAGUGUUGA